AUGCAAACUUAUGCACGCGAUGCUGAAGUGCAAGAAAGUGCAAGCAAGGCUUUGGGAAGCUUGUGCAAGGGCUGCAAGGCGCGGAGGGACGAAGCUUUGAGCCUUGGAGGUCUCACUUUGGUGAUUCAAGCCCUGAAGGGCCACUCUGAACAGGCCAUUUUGCAAGCGCAUGGCUGUUUUGCGUUGAGCAUGAUGUGCUGGCAGUGUCACAACAGCAAAGCAGAGGCUUUUUCUUUGGGAGGCAUUGAGCUUCUUAUCAAGGCCAUGCAAGACCACCAUGGCAAUUCUUCUGUGCAAUUCUAUGCAAGCAGUGCCUUAGCAAGCAUGUGCCAUGGUGCGGAGGAGUGUAGAAGGAGAGCCCUUGCCUUGGGAGCCCUUGAACUUCUCCUGCAAAUCCUGCAACAUGUCACAGAUCCAGGAGUUUUGACCAGAUGCAGCGAGGCUGUUGGAUCCAUUUGCUUCGGUUUCAGUACAGCUGCUUUGGAGCGCCAAGCACAUGCCAUCGGCCUUGGCGCCUUUGAUCUCAUCGUCAAGGCUUUGCCCCGUGCUCCCUGCAGUUCAGACUACAUUUGCUUCUGGGCCUUAGGAUGUCUUUGUUCCGGAAGUGAUGAGGCUGCCGUGGCCUGCCGCCGCCGUGCUGUGGACUUGGGUGUCUUGGAGCAAGUGCAGCUGAUGCUGGAGCAUGAAAUAGAUUUGCAGGAAGAAGGCAGAGCUGUGCUCGAUCUCUUCUUGACGACGCCCACAGGCGAACAGGCAGCAAAGACAGCUUCACACCAGCUGGUCACCGCCAGCUGUGAAGGACCAGUUUGUGUAGAGGAGGCAAGUGCUUCAAGCAGCGGACAUCAACUGGGAGACCAAUGA